UGCCCACUCCGCCUCCGGGUUGUCAGGGCAACCGUAGGGACGCCGGCCCUGGCUGAGAGGCGUUAGGAGCCCCGGGGUUCGCCCGCGGAGGCCGGGGAGCAGCCGAUCAUGGAGCCCCAGAAAAUCACGCCACCCUCAAAGCCUCAUCCACCUGUUGUGGGCAAAGUGACUCAUCACAGCAUUGAAUUAUACUGGGAUGUGGAAAAGAAAGCCAAACGCCAAGGACCUCAGGAGCAGUGGUUCAGGUUCUCCAUUGAAGAAAAAGACCCCAACAUGCACACUUAUGGUAUCAUUUAUACGGGAUAUGCAACGAAGCAUGUUGUUGAAGGUCUGGAACCAAGGACGCAGUACAGAUUUCGCCUGAAGGUCACCAGCCCCUCUGGGGAGUGUGAGUACAGCCCACUCGUCUCAGUGUCUACGACCAGGCCAUCUCUGAGCAAGAACAUUGUAAAAAUUAGGGUGGUCACAAGUGUUCUCCAUGGCCCACCCACUGAAAACACAGGAGAGCCCAUAAGUAGUGAGCACUUGCAUCGGGCUGUCAGUGUGAAUGAUGAAGAUUUGCUGGUCCAAAUACUUCAAGGAGGCCGUGUUAAGGUUGAUGUUCCCAAUAAGUUUGGCUUUACCGCUCUGAUGGUUGCUGCCCAGAAAGGAUACACCAGGCUUGUGAAAAUCCUAGUUUCUAAUGGCACAGACGUGAAUCUGAAGAAUGGAAGUGGCAAGGACAGUCUAAUGCUGGCAUGCUAUGCGGGACACCUAGAUAUUGUGAAAUAUCUCCGAAGACACGGCGCUUCUUGGCAAGCUAGAGACCUGGGAGGCUGUACAGCUCUGCACUGGGCUGCAGAUGGAGGCCACUGCAGUGUGAUUGAGUGGAUGAUAAACGAUGGCUGUGAGGUAGACAUCACAGACACUGGUUCAGGAUGGACCCCACUCAUGAGAGUCUCUGCGGUGUCGGGAAAUCAGAGAGUGGCCUCUCUUCUAAUUGAUGCUGGGGCCAAUGUGAAUGUGAAGGACAGAAAUGGAAAGACGCCUCUUAUGGUGGCUGUGUUAAACAAUCAUGAAGAGUUAGUUCAGUUACUUCUUGACAAAGGGGCAGAUGCAAGUGUAAAAAAUGAGUUCGGCAAAGGUGUCCUAGAAAUGGCCAGAGUUUUUGACAGACAGAGUGUAGUCUCCUUAUUAGAAGAAAGGAAAAAAAAAGCAGAGGCCAAAGAAGUCCUGUGUCUGCUGAUGAGAGCACCACUCAUCUGCGAAACCCACGUAAAAUAAAGUGAACCAUGACUGUUAAACUAGGGAUGGGAAAUUCUGCAUCUUGGGAGGCCGUACAUUUAUUUAUUUAGUUGAAGAUUCACUGAUCCCACUUUGAAAUACAUCUUUUUACCUAA